AUGACUCGAGGUGUACUGUUGCUCCUGCUGAUGCAGCAGACUUUGACAGGAUGGACAGUUUCUCAAACAACAACAACAACAAGUCUUCCAGGAAUUUCCACGACAACCACACCUCCUUCAACACCACCAAGUCUUCCAGUGAGACUGGUCAAUUCUGACAACCCCUGUUCUGGCAGAGUGGAGAUCUACCAUGAUGGACAGUGGGGGACGGUGUGUGAUGACUUCUGGGAUUUGAAUGAUGCUCAUGUGGUUUGUCGACAGCUGGGUUGUGGCCCUGCCACAGAAGCACCACAAAGUGCACACUUUGGACAGGGCACUGGACAAAUUUGGUUAGAUGACCUUGGGUGUUCAGGGAGUGAGUCAUCAUUAGGGUCACUGUCCACAUCUGGGAUUAGGCCCCACAACUGUGGCCAUCAUGAGGAUGCUGGUGUCAUCUGUGGAGGAAUUUCCACGACAACCACACCUCCUUCAACACCACCAAGUCUUCCAGUGAGACUGGUCAAUUCUGACAACCCCUGUUCUGGCAGAGUGGAGAUCUACCAUGAUGGACAGUGGGGGACGGUGUGUGAUGACUUCUGGGAUUUGAAUGAUGCUCAUGUGGUUUGUCGACAGCUGGGUUGUGGCCCUGCCACAGAAGCACCACAAAGUGCACACUUUGGACAGGGCACUGGACAAAUUUGGUUAGAUGACCUUGGGUGUUCAGGGAGUGAGUCAUCAUUAGGUCACUGUCCACAUCUGGGAUUAGGGUCCCACAACUGUGGCCAUCAUGAGGAUGCUGGUGUCAUCUGUGGAGGUAAUCUUCCAGUGAGACUGGUCAAUUCUGACAACCCCUGUUCUGGCAGAGUGGAGAUCUACCAUGAUGGACAGUGGGGGACGGUGUGUGAUGACUUCUGGGAUUUGAAUGAUGCUCAUGUGGUUUGUCGACAGCUGGGUUGUGGCCCUGCCACAGAAGCACCAAGUGCACACUUUGGACAGGGCACUGGACAAAUUUGGUUAGAUGACCGGUGUUCAGGGAGUGAGUCAUCAUUAGGUCACUGUCCACAUCUGGGAUUAGGGUCCCACAACUGUGGCCAUCAUGAGGAUGCUGGUGUCAUCUGUGGAGGUAAGUGUGCAUGCAUACAACAAGCAGACCACAGAAUUUCCACGACAACCACACCUCCUUCAACACCACCAAGUCUUCCAGUGAGACUGGUCAAUUCUGACAACCCCUGUUCUGGCAGAGUGGAGAUCUACCAUGAUGGACAGUGGGGGACGGUGUGUGAUGACUUCUGGGAUUUGAAUGAUGCUCAUGUGGUUUGUCGACAGCUGGGUUGUGGCCCUGCCACAGAAGCACCACAAAGUGCACACUUUGGACAGGGCACUGGACAAAUUUGGUUAGAUGACCUUGGGUGUUCAGGGAGUGAGUCAUCAUUAGGUCACUGUCCACAUCUGGGAUUAGGGUCCCACAACUGUGGCCAUCAUGAGGAUGCUGGUGUAGUCUGUGAAGGUAAGUGUGCAUUGAGACUGGUCAACUCUGACAACCCCUGUUCUGGCAGAGUGGAGAUCUACCAUGAUGGACAGUGGGGGACGGUGUGUGAUGACUUCUGGGAUUUGAAUGAUGCACAUGUGGUUUGUCGACAGCUGGGUUGUGGUCAUGCCUCGGAAGCACCACAACGUGCACGUUUUGGACAGGGCACUGGACAAAUUUGGUUAGAUGACCUUGGGUGUUCAGGGAGUGAGUCAUCAUUAAGAGAGUGUCCACAUCUGGGAUUAGGGACCCACAACUGUGGUCAUCAUGAGGAUGCUGGUGUCAUCUGUGGAGGAGUUGAUACAACAACCACACUUCCCUCAGCAGCACCAAGUCCUCCAGUGAGACUGGUCAACUCUGACACCCGCUGCUCUGGCAGAGUGGAGAUCUACCACGAUGGUCGUUGGGGGACAGUGUGCGAUGACUUCUGGGAUUUGAAUGAUGCUCAGGUGGUGUGUCGAGAGCUGGAGUGUGGUGGUGCUAUAGCAGCACCAAGACGUGCACGUUUUGGACGGGGCACUGGACAAAUUUGGUUGGAUAACCUUAGAUGUUCAGGGAGUGAGUCAUCAUUAAGAGAGUGUCCACAUCUGGGAUUAGGGUCCCACAACUGUGGUCAUCAUGAGGAUGCUGGUGUAGUCUGUGAAGGUCAUCAACCGUUACUCCAGGCCUCACAGCUUACCUGCUCCUCUCACCAGCUUUUAGUUGGGGUGCGAUUGGACAGUCUGCUGUUGGCUGGUUUGAACCCUUUCUCUGGUCACUUGGCAGACCCUUAUUGUACAGGUUAUAGACUUAGUCAUGAUAGUGUGUGGUAUCAAGCGGCACGUCGGGCUGGUCUCUGCGGAACUGUACUGACGACCAACACCACCCAUGCCAUCUACUCCAACAGCUUAUUUUUCUACCCAUCAAGUAAUGGUUCCAUGGUUGUACCUGAAGUUAUUCCAUUCACCUGUGCCUAUCCCUUGGAAACCAACGCUAGCCUGAACGCUGCAAUUGGACAAAUCCAUGGGUAUGGCCUCAUGGGGUCAGGUGCCAGAGCCAGGGCCCACCUGAGUCUUUUCAGUGACUCCAGCUUUUCAAACCACUACCCAGUGGGCCAGAUCACCCUUCCAGUGGGCUCUGCCCUGCAUGUGCAAGCGUAUGUGUAUGACAGUGAUCCAAGCUUUGCAGUUGUUCUGGGAGACUGCUAUACCACUUACUCCUCAAACCCUGAUGACCCCUCACGAUACUAUCUCAUCCAUUACGGUUGUUCUAUCGAUCCUCAUCGUGUGUCAGUGGUUGAGAACGGCCUGUCCUCCCGUGCUCGUUUCUCUGCCCUGGUCUUCCCUCUCCGUGGUGACAACCCAUCAGUCUACUUACACUGCAGACUGCACCUGUGUGACAGGAGGAGCCAAAACUGUGUUCCAUUUUGCAGAAGAAGGGUGUAUCGCUCUCUUGACAACCCAGAGACACUUGAACCCGUCACCAUUGGACCAUUAACCUGGAAGAAGUAUUCUCAAAUCGCACUUAGUCCAACAAAGCCAAGUCCUCCAGUGAGAUUAGUCAACUCCAACAGCCCCUGCUCCGGCAGAGUGGAGAUCUUCCAACAUGGGCAGUGGGGGACGGUGUGUGAUGACCUCUGGGAUUUGGAUGAUGCUCAGGUGGUUUGUCGACAGUUAGGCUGUGGCAGGGCUCUGGAAGCGAAAAAAUGGGCAUAUUUUGGAGAGGGCAGUGGAGUAAUUUGGUUAGAUGACCUUCUGUGCUUUGGGAGUGAGUCAUCGAUAACAGACUGUCCACAUGGGGGAUUCGGGAACCAUAACUGUGGUCAUUCUGAGGAUGCUGGUGUCAUCUGUGAAGGUACUGGCGGAACAUUUUCUUCAACCUCCCCUACUCCAACACCACCGAGUUCUUUAGAAACUAAAAGCACAGUUUCUAUGACCACUCCUACUCCAACACCACUAAGUCUGUCAGAAAACAAAAGCAAAGUUUCUACAACCACACCUUCUCAAACACCACAAAGUUCUUUAGUGAGACUGGUUAACUCUACCAGCAACUGUUCUGGUAGAGUAGAAAUCUUCCACAAUGGUCAAUGGGGGACGGUGUGUGACGAUAUUUGGAGCUUGACUCAUGCUCAAGUGGUAUGUCGGCAGCUGGGAUGUGGCAAUGCCAUGGAGGCAUCAUAUGCUGCAUAUUUUGGAGCGGGCACUGGACCGAUAUGGUUGAACCAUGUUCAGUGUUCUGGGAGUGAGUACUCAAUAACAGACUGUGCACAUCAGGGCUUCGGGUCCCAUGACUGCAAUCAUUUUGAGGAUGCUGGUGUCAUUUGUGAAGCUCCCACACCCCCAAGUCUUCCACUGAGACUGGUCCACCCCAAUAGCAACUGUUCUGGCAGAGUGGAGAUCUUCUACAAUGGUCAGUGGGGGACGGUGUGUGAUGACAGCUGGGGAAUUGCUCAUGCUCAGGUAGUUUGUCGACAGCUGGGCUGUGGAAGGGCUGUGGAAGCAAAACAAAGUGCACAUUUUGGACAGGGAACUGGACCAAUCUUGUUGGACAAUGUUCAGUGUUCAGGAAAUGAGUCCUCCAUAACACACUGUACACAUCAAGGUUUUGGAUCCCACAACUGUGGUCAUUCUGAGGAUGCUGGUGUCAUCUGUGAAGUGAGACUGGGCAACUCUAGCCACAGCUGCUCUGGCAGAGUGGAGAUCUUCCACAACGGUCAAUGGGGGACAGUGUGUGAUGAUAGCUGGAACCUGAUUCAUGCUGAGGUGGUUUGUCGGCAGCUGGGCUGUGGAAGGGCUGUGGCAGCAUUGCAUGGUGCAUAUUUUGGACCAGGCACUGGACCAAUCUGGUUGGACGAUGUUUGGUGUUUGGGUAUUGAGUACUCAAUAACAGACUGUGCACAUGAAGGCUUAGGAUCCCAUGACUGUGAUCAUUUUGAGGAUGCUGGUGUCAUCUGUGAAGCUGUUGCAACACCACCAGGUUCUUUAGUGAGACUGGUCAACUCUGCAAGCAACUGCUCUGGCAGAGUGGAGAUCUUCCACAAUGAUCAGUGGGGGACGGUGUGUGAUGACAUUUGGGAACUAACUCAUGCUCAGGUGGUUUGUCGGCAGCUGGGCUGCGGAAGGGCUGUGACAGCAUCGCAUGGUGCAUAUUUUGGAUCGGGCACUGGACCAAUCUGGCUUGACAAUGUUCAGUGUUUAGGGAGUGAGUACUCAAUAACAAACUGUGCACAUGGAGGCUUUGGAUCCCACAAUUGUGGUCAUUCUGAGGAUGCUGGCGUCAUCUGCGAAGGUAAAUAACCAUCUCUACUCCAGGCUGCUCAGCUUGUUUGCUCCCCGUAUCAGCUUCUAGUUGGGGUACAACUGGACAGCCUGUUGUUGGCUGGUUUGAACGCAUUCUCUGGUCAGCUUGCAGCUCCCUACUGUAACAGCUACAGAGUGCAUGGUAAUACUGUGUGGUACCGAGUUGCACGUCAGGCUGGCAGCUGUGGAACUGUACUGACGACCAACACCACCCAUGCCAUCUACUCCAACUCUUUGUUUUUAUACCCAAAAAGCAAUGAUUCUGUGCAUCUACCGGAGGUUAUUCCAUUCUCCUGUGCUUAUCCCUUGGAAACCGAAACCAGCCUGAAUGAUGCAAUCCGACCACAACUCCAUGGGGAUGGCCUCAUGGGGUCAGGUGCUCCAGACAGGGCCUACAUGAGUCUUUUCCGUGAUUCCAGCUUUUAUUACAGCUACCCAGCGGGUCAGAUCACCCUGCCAGUGGGGUCUGGACUUCAUGUGCAAGUGCUUGUGCAUGAUAAUGAUGCAAGUUUUGCAGUUGUUCUGGAUGACUGCUAUACCACUUACUCCUCAAACUCUGAUGACCCAAUGCGAUACUAUCUCAUCCAUUCUGGGUGUCCUACCGACCCCCGUCGUGUGUCAGUGGUUGAGAACGGCCUGUCGUCCCGUGCUCGUUUCUGUGCCCAUCUCGCCCCUCUCCAGGAGUUGCAGAAGAAGGGUGUAUCGCUCUGUUGA